AUGCGUUACGGCUACGGUGCCAUCUUGCUCGCCGCCGCCGAGGCCGCUCUGGCCGCCCCUGCCACCCGCAGGGCUGCUGCUCCAGUUGCCUCGGUGAAGAACGGCACCAUUGAGGGUGUCCACAACCCCGAGUACAACCAGGACUUCUUCCUCGGACUCCCCUUUGCUCAGCCGCCCGUCGGCGAGCUCAGGUUCCGCGUGCCGCAGCCCCUCAACACCAGCUUUGCCGCCACCUGGCCCGCUACCGACUAUGCCCCCUCGUGCAUCGGCUACGGCAGUGACCAAUUUGGUUACGAAAUCUCCGAGGAUUGCUUGUACCUCAAUGUUGUGAAACCCGCCGGCUAUGAGAACCAGUCUCUCCCCGUGGCUUUCUGGAUCCAUGGCGGCGGAUUCUACGAGGGUGGUGCCGGCGACCAUAGGUACAACUUGUCCUUCAUCGUCCAGAACGGUGUUGAGAUUGGCAAGCCUUUCAUCGCCGUGUCAACCAACUACCGCCUCAGUGCCUGGGGUUUCUUGAACGGUGAUGCUGUCCAGGCGUCUGGCAAUACCAACCUCGGUCUUCGCGAUCAACGCCUGGCUCUUCACUGGGUCCAGGAGAACAUUGCUGCUUUUGGCGGUGACCCCGACAAGGUUACCAUCUUUGGAGAGUCCGCCGGUGGGUGUUCCGUCGGUUUCCAUCUGACUGCCUACAAUGGUCGUGAUGACACUCUCUUCCGUGGCGCCAUCAUGGAGUCUGGCUCUCCUAUCUACUACACCACCCUCAACGAAAGCGCUGCCUUCCAGCCGAGGUACGACACGCUCAUCUCGCAGGCCGGCUGUUCCAACUCCACCGACAGUCUUGCCUGUCUGCGCUCUCUGUCCUACGACGACCUGAACGCCGUCAUCAACCAGACUGCACUUCUGAACUGGGGCCCGGCCAUUGACCACGACUUCAUUGCGGGCAAGACCUCGGACCAGCUUGUGAAGGGCGACUUCGUCCAGGUGCCCAUCAUUAUUGGAGCAAAUUCAGACGAGGGUGUGAGCUUUGGGCCACAGGGCAUCAACUCCUCCACGGAUUUUGUGAAGGCGCUGCAGUCCACUGGUAUUCCCUCCAACUUCACGUCUACCAUUCUCGCGGCUUACCCGGAUAUCCCUGCCGAGGGAAUUCCGGGCUCGCCGCCGCUGGGCUUCCUGCCUCCUGACUUCCGCUACGGUGCGCCCGAAGGUCCUCAGUACCGCCGUAGCGCCGCCUACUACGGCGAUCAGUACUUCGUCGGCAACCGCCGCCUGACAUGCGAGCGCUGGGCCGAGCACGGCGUUCCCGCCUACUGCUUCCGCUUUAAUGCCAUCCCCAACGGCGCCACAGCGGCCGCACACUUCCAGGAGGUGGCCUUCGUCUUCGACAACAUCCUCGGCACCGGCUACAACCCGCCCAUCUCGUCCAAGCCCUUUGAGAAUCGCGGCCAGAGUUACGUCGACCUCGCCAAGUUUAUGAGCUCCUCCUGGGCCAGCUUCUUUGUUGACCUCGACCCCAACGGCUACAACCUCCAGGGCAAUGCCACCGUCGAGCAGUGGACCCCCUACGACAUUGCUGAUCCCAAGGAUAUCGUCUUCCAUGCCAACGUCACCAGCUACAUGGAGCCCGAUACUUACAGGGCUGCUGGCAUGAAGCUGUUCAAGGACUACGCUACUUCUGUGUACAGCAGGUAG